AUGGCGCCAGCCCCCAAGAGUUCAGGGGACAUGCCCUUCAUAGUAUCUACAGGCACCAAAAAGCCCGAUCCCGAAAUGCGGAAGUUCAUCCGGAGCCAUGUGAUGAUGGGUAAGAACCGCGGAAAGAUCUUACGUCCGAAAAAUAAUAAAGCAGGAGAAUCAAACGGCCUGGAAGGGUUGCAUAAUUCUAGAUCAAGAUCAGGUGAGGAGGAAUAUGAUGAUACCGCGCCAAUCACGUUAAUCCCCGUCGUGGUCCCUAGAAGAGUCGGUGGCGAUUUAUCUUUCAUCCAGUUCGCCGACACGAUAGAAGACUCCAGCGUCGCUGUUAUCUUGGAAUUCUCUAGCAUCGCGAAGAAACUACUGUUCCCCUUACAAUCAUGCAUUGCUUUCGAUGUGAAGGAAAAGUCAACCUGGAUGGAGGCCCUCACCGUCGACGCCGCAUAUCUCCACGCCCUAGCUUUCUCGACACGGGCCUACUUUGACCUGAUGUCAGGCCGUAGACCAGACAAGAGGCCUACGUCGGCGUAUCCACAUAUGCUCAAGACACUACGACUCCUACGCGAGAGGUUAGAUCUGCCAGAGCACAACAUGGUAGUCAAGUCAUCAUUCAGUACGGCCGCAGUAGUGCUAUGCCUCGCUUUCCACGCCCACAUUAUGGGCGAGCACGAAACAGCUGGACACCAUAUGUUAGGGCUUCGCAAAAUAGUCGAUUUGAACGGGGGGCUAAAGGGUCUGAAAAACGAGAAGCUUGUCAUUGAACUGCUAAGGUGCGACGUGGGAAUGGCCUUACAUAGUGGCACCAAACCCAUAUUCUUCUCCGACCUGGUGCGGGAGCCGUACUGGCCAUACCCGGACUUCAUGUUACACGGCAUCACCGCCGAUCCCGAAGACGAGCCGCUUCUCGCUGCCCUCGAUAUAGAGUUGGCCACUGCGUGGCGCACGAUGAAGCAGUUCUGUGUUCUUGUCAACCGCGCCGCCGCCGCCGGUCAAAAACUACCCAAAGGAGACCUACUUGAUACCAUGGCCUCGGUCAUGUACCGGCUACUGCAUAUGUCUUUUACGCGUGGCUCUCUCUCCGAGGUCGUGCGCUUAGGCCUACUAGCCUUUUGUUCCAGCGUGUUCCUACAGUGGGCCAGCGUGCGGCUACCGUAUACGCAUUUUCCAACUAUGUACCAGGACAAUCUUGUGAACCUCGAGUUCCCCGCCCCGGAUAACGAAUCUAGUGGUAUAAACAACUUCACCACUCCACGGCUGCUUCUCUGGCUGCUAACUGUUGGUGCCUUUUCCGUGUUUGGCGGGGUUAAUAAUGAGGCUUGGUUGAAGGCCUGGCUGCGUGUCAAUCUCGAACUAUGUGGUAUAGACUCGUGGCCUGCCAUGUGCGCCGUGCUGGAUUCGUUCAUGUGGGUGGGGGUUGUGCAAGAUGCGCCCGGAAAGGCCGUCUUCGAUUCAACUAUGUCUUUAGGUUUAUGUCUGGAAUUCGAUUGA